ACCUUAAGACUGUUACAAAAAAAAAUGACAGUUCUGACAGUUCUCUUGACAAAUCUUUCAUAACACAAAAAAAUAUGGCUCAAAGCAGGCUAGAAAAAAUUGGAACAAUUUUCUCCAGAACCACCGGACUCCUGAGGUCGGGUGCUAUGAAACCAGAGGAUAAGCCAAUUUGGUAUGAUGUUUAUGCUGCAUUUCCACCAAAAGUUGAACCUCGUUUCGAUCGUCCAAUACCAAAUUUACCAAUAAGAAAAAUAUUCUAUGCUGAAGAUGUUGUUAGAGCGAAAUAUCACAAAAUGAUAAAAUCCUACGAACAAAUUAAUCUGGCCGAUACAAAACGCGAAACAAACACUCAGCAAUUCAUUGCCAUUUACAACAAUCUAAAAUCACAAGGUGCUUUGGAUGAGGAAAAGAUUCUUGAAACUGCAAAGCAAUUAUUGGAUGAAAAACUAGCCAGUAGAAGAGCAAGCAAUACCACCGAAUCAGAGGUGGAGAAGGAACCAAGCGUGGGAGCUGGGUUAACUGAUAGUUUCUCGGAUGCAAAACGUGCAAAAGAAUCAGCAUCACCAACUGCAACUGUAGAUAUCAAAGAUUUAUUUAAAGAAUAAAAUUUGAAAUAAAUAAAAAUAGUUUAGAAAAAUUAA